CGGGCGGGGGAACCGUUGUUGCCCGCGCGUUAGCUUGCGUGCGCAGGCGUUGCGCAGAGCUCGGACCCUCUCGGCUGAGCUUCGGGAGUCUAGUCUGCCAGACCGGAAGCGGUGACAGGGAGUCAGACAGGAAGCGGAGCAGGGCGGGAGCACAAAAGCGCUCUUCCUUCCAGGACCUUGGCAUUCUAUAGGUCCCUCCUCCAGUGCCUAAAAUCUGAUAAGUUGAAUUGUCAGAGCUUGGCCCAUGGAAAUUAUAUCAGGCUAUUCCAGAUCUUGUUCAAGGCCCUCAUGUCAGCAGUGAAUCCUCAAGUGUUGGUGGCAGUAGCUCAGAAAAUCCUGGGUGUAGGGAAAAGAAGGAGUCCACCCCAACCAGUCUGCCUGCACCUAGUUGGAGAGGUCAGGGCUGUGGCCAGGGGGCUGAAGCCAGCAGUACUAUAUGAUUGCAAUGCUGCAGGGGUUGACCAGGUUCAGAGAUAUGUGGGAGAGCUACAGAGGCUGGGUCUCUUGCCCCAGGCACUGCACAUUCUGGAGUUGGGGGAGAAUAUCCUGAUUGUCAAUCCUAGGCAAGUGUGUCAGCAAAUACAGCAGGUGCUGCUCAACUCCAUGAACUUUGUGGAUAUUUCAAGCUUCAGAUCUUACCCUGCCCUUUGCCCACUUGACGAGCUUGGAGACCUGAAGGAUCACUUGGCUGAGAUCAUGACCCAUUUACAGAGGCUGGAGAAGAAUCCACUCUUGCCUGUCUCCCAUAGUGAGCUCUCGUCUGUUGGCUGGAAUCUUUGCACAGUGUUUGGGAUUCUCCUAGGCUAUCCUGUACCCUAUUUUUUCUACCCAGACCAAGGAGACAGCAAUUGCUUGUCUCUAAUCCCACUGCGUGUGUUUACUAUUCGGACCUCAUGUUGUUGGCUCACAGGCCUCCCCCAGAUACUGCUGUAUUCUUUCAGUGUCCCAGAGAGCUUGUACCCAGCCCUGAAAGACUUGCUAGACAUGUGGGGAGAGGACCUCAGAGCUCGAUUUGGAGCUCAGGGUGAUUUCACUGAACUUACCAUUUCUUCUGAAGUUGUCACAUUGCCUUCUGUGGUACUGUGAUUCGGAUCCACUUCUUAUCUAUUAGGCUCUCAAUAAAUGGUGAUGACUAGCUGUGUGAUCACAGGCAAGUCCCUUAACAUCUGAAUGUGAGUCCUUAUCUGUAAAAUGGUGUAACAAUAUUUGCAUUUCCUACCUAACAAAAGUGAGGUAGGAUGUGAGGAAGAAUGUGGUAUUAUAGUUAUAAAAUGUGAACACUAAGAGGGGCUAGGCUCUGUAGGUAGGCACUAAGGCCUUUCUUUAAUGUCUAUUCCCUGUCUAACAAAAAGAGGGCAGAAGGAUAAAAUAGUGGGGAAUGGGCUAUCUCUUAUGGGGAGAAUGGGUUUGGUCUAAGAUACUUUGCUCUUUUAUUAUAGUGACUUUGUAAAUAACUAUGAAUUUCCACCCAUUGUUCUAUUCAUUUUUUGGUAUGAUCUCUGGGACAAAGUAGAAUAAAUCUAAAUUCUUUUCUA